AUGUCAUCAGGCUUUGUUUCAGCCGGAACAAACGAUCAACCCAUCGAGAGGGAUGAUGAGUGGCUCCGAGCGGAGAAGGAGUUGGAGGAGGAGCGGAGGCGGAAGGCCGAAAUAGGAAAACAAGAUGGUGGCAAAAGUCUAUUUGAGGUAUUGGAGCGGAAUAAAAUGGCCAAACAAGAAGCCUUUGAAGAGAAAUCACGUCUUAGAAACCAAUUCCGCUCCCUCGAUGAAGACGAAGUCGAAUUUCUAGAUUCUAUCCUCGAGUCAACACGCGCACAGGAGGCCGCUGUGAAGAAGGAGACAGCGGAGCAACUUGAAGCCUUCCGCCGACAACGGGAGAAGGCACAGAAAGCAUUGCUUGAAUCAACCUCGUCGGAUGGACCAUCCGUGAAGGGAGAAGAUUGGGCCGCACUGGCUCGCAAGAGGCGCCGUGAUAAACAGAAGAAGGAGGACUUAUUGAUUCCAGGGAAGAAGCGCAAAUCUUCACUCACCGACAACGCCGCGAAGGACACACACAAUGGGAAAGACUCGCAAAAACAGAAUGGACCUAGUUCAAGUAUCGAGAAGGUGGACCAAGGAAUAUCUAAGUCCAAUGAAGCCACACCUGCCUCAGCCACAGCAUCGGGACCUACAAAUACUGCCAUACAGGCCAAGGUGGGUACAAAUGCGGAGAAGGGGGAACUAAAGACAAAAGCCCCGACGAAACCUGCGGUUUCGCUUGGAUUGGGAGGAUAUAGCUCGGACUCGGAAUAA